CGUUUAGUCAAUUCUUUUACCUAUAUUUCUCCAAUUCCAUCAUCCUCGUCUCCUGUAUGUCUCUCUUAAGGUUGCAGACAGAGAGGCAGAGAGAGAAUGGGUCUCAUUUCAAUGUAACUGAGGCUGUAAAUCCUAAGUCUUCUGCGUCUUGUUCUGCUGCUUCGCAACCUGGAGGAAAACUUGGGAAGGAUGCCGGGAAAAUCUGAUGUGGAAGAUAAGAGGUAUGAAGGUGGAGGGCAGAUUCAGUUUCAAUCAGGCAUUUUCUCUCAGCCAUGGUGGCGUGGUGUGGAGGAAAAUGCCUCUAAGUCAUCUUCAGUAUACCAGAUUAGUGGUUCAGUCAUGAAUUCACCAGUUAAUGAAGGAGCAAAUAAAGUUGAUUUUCAUAAGCAGACACAGCCUAUGGUUUCACCUUCACUUUCUGCAGUUGGUGGGAAUGUCAACAAAGAUGACCAAAACAACAAAUAUGUUAUGUCCUCUUCACCAAAUGCCAUGGGCAAACACCUUAGUUCAAAUUCCCAAGCCGAACUUGUCAGUCAUUCGAUUUACAUGCAGAUUUUAACCUCUUACCCUUACUCAGAAGCACAGUAUGCUGGAAUCUUGGCAUCUCAUGGGCCUCACAAUAUGAUAAAUCCUCAGUUGUAUGGAAUGCACCAGGCUAGAAUGCCCUUGCCACUAGAGAUGGAAGAGGAGCCUGUUUAUGUCAAUGCAAAGCAGUAUCAUGGUAUCUUAAGGCGAAGGCAGUCACGUGCUAAGGCUGAGCUUGAAAGGAAAGUUAUUAAAGUUAGAAAGCCAUAUCUUCACGAAUCUCGUCACCAACAUGCUAUGAGAAGGGCAAGAGGGUGUGGGGGUCGCUUUCUGAAUACGAAGAAGCUUGAAAAUAUCAAUUCCAAUGUUGCUCCCGAAAAAGACAAGAACAAUGGUUCAAACCCUUUGUCAAUAUCUGCCAACACACCCUCCUCUGACCAUUCUCUAAUCAACAAUGAGAUUUUCGGCUCAUCGAAGAAUCAUCAUGACAUGUCGGUGUCCAUGGUGGGGAACAUGCACAGUGGAGACUUAUUUGGUCGAGAGAGGGGAAGCAUGCAGAUUCACGGAGCCUCAAAUAUGGCCAUCAAAUGAAAAUCUUCUGAGUUGGUGGAUUUUCUCAGGUGAAGAGGCCAAAGGCUUGUCUCUUCCUUCUAGAAAGUAGGAAACCACCCUCACAGGCAACUCAUUCUUGGCUCGGUUACUUUGGUUAAAGGGGUUGAGAUCAUUCUGCGAUUGGUCUCCCUUUGGUUUGGUUUAUUUGUUAAAUAGAUGAGAUAUGAAGUGAAAUAAUGGUUUUUUUAUAGUUUCUGAACUUGUCCACGAGAUGGACUUGUGAAUGUGAGUACAUGAAUCUGGAUUUAGUGGUUACUGACUUCAUGAAUUCUAAAGUUCUUUUUAAUACUUCCAUAUUUUU